AUCACGAAUUAUACCUGUCAUGUACGAAAAAGUGAGGUUAUGCAAAAUUCAUUAUUAAAUAAAACUUCCGCAAAAUCACAUACAACGUAGUUUUAAAGCUGUCCAUUACAAAGAUGUCUUUAUUAAAUAAUGUCGUGAAAACUGUUCUCAAUGGCAUCAAACCAUUCACCACCCAGAAGUCAUUUGUACGAUUUCGAUACCAUGCAGAUAAAGUUGCCAGGGGGCCCUUAGUCAGAAGACAUGGAUAUGAAGAAAAAGUAUUGCAGAGAGGACUGCUGCCUCGAGACCCAAAGGCACAACCACUUCCUAUCCCAUUAUACAGGCCCCAGGAUGCUUGGUCAGAGAAGAAGGCUUUGUUUGGCCAGAAUGACUAUAUAGACAUCUUGGGCAAUGAAAACAUCCAUCCUGCAAGGAUACUUUAUAAUGUGCCAACUUGGUUGAGAGGAGUUGGUGGGAAUGAGUACCAGGUCAUGCUUCGGAAGAGGAAAAUGUUGGGACAAACGACAUAUCCUUUAGCAAGGCCAACAAAAUGGUACCAGUUAGAAAAGAGGAUCUUUUAUUUGUAUAAAUUCCUUAACCGAAAAACUAGGACACCAUACAGAAAUAGAUAAACUAUUUUAUUACAAUAUAUUAAAAUACAUAGGUUGUACAUUUCAAAAAUGCAUCAAUAAAAAUUUGCUAAAAA